UCGGGUUCCAUCUGCAGCUGUUAUCCUGCGGGAAAGCAACCUAUUUGAGAUGGCAGGUCGUAUGAUGGGUCAUUCUUUCCUGCAUGGUGGGUUCAGCUUCUCUGGACUCCGUUUGCCUGUGGUGACCCUAUUGACUGGUGAGAGCAUUGACACUGCAGCAGCAGCUCUGACACUGGAGGACUGUCCUGAUAUUGACCAUCGUGAAACAAUUGGUUUGCUGAAGAAUGGUGAACUUACUGCAGAAGAAAACACCAAAGUGACUGAUCUUUGCCUGUCCUGGGAUCUUCCAUUUCCAACCUCCACCAAUCGUGUCUGGCUGUUCCAGGAACUGCUUUCACAUGCAGUACUUCACCGUGUUAAACAGCCAAUUAAACAAAUACGGAAAGGCCUUAAACAAACAGGAAUAUGGCCACUUCUUUCUGAUAGGCCAGAUGUCCACCCCUUCAUUUUCCCAAGGGAGUCAAGUGAGGAGCUUAACCCACAGACCGUGAUCCAGAACAUUACCUGGCCACAACCUAACUUUGACAGCGACGAGGAUGAGGACGACACUGUUCCAUUGGAGAAAAUCAGUCUUGUCACUGGAUUUUUGAGAAAAUUCAUAGAGGAAAUGGUCUUUAUUUCCUUAUUUUUCAUUCUCCUCUUAAUUCACACAAUUGUUUCCUCAUAACAAUCCCAGUUGCUACAAUAAUAAAGUGGUUCUUCAUAUUUACCACGUUUUAUGUACAUUUGUGUUUCAUUUUAUCUCCGUGUGAGCUAGUUUACUGUUUUAUUGUCAAAUGGUCAUGUUUCUGUCCCUCCUCCUUUGUCUGCUGUGUGCUUUACAACAGCACAGGGAUAGAAGAUGUGAAUGUUUGACAGAAACAGUAAAGCCCAGCUCACACUGAGAUGAAAAGAAACAAAUGCACAUAAAAUUGGUAAAUUAAACGUCAUACUUUGUUUACAUUCCACAGUAUUUACAGCAGCAUUUAAAGUAAUCCUUAUGAUGUUCUAAACUAGGAGAGGAAGAG